UAUCUUUAUAUAUAUACACAUAUAUACAAUACACUUGAUUUUUGUUCAGUUAAACAACUACAAAACACUCAACAACAAACCUUUAUUUUCUAUUUACUUUUGAAACCGUUAUAUUCUUUUUUUCUCUGAUUUAUUUGAAAAAAAGAAUUUGAAUUUCUCUGUGAAUAGUUUUUGCUUACUUGUCAGUUAAAGAUAUUAGAACGCACUAUCCGGGUCUCUGGCCACAACAUAACAGAAAAACGCUUCCUCUCUUCACUUUCUUCCUUUUUAUUUUUUUCCAACAACAAAAGAACUGCAACUCAACGAACCAAAAAGCACACAGCUUAUUAUUAUCACUUCCCCAGUAAAAGAAAAAGAGAUAAUAAUAGUUCGUAAGCCAUGGAUACAAAUGAAAAAUUCCACGCCGGCCGCAUUGAGUCUGGCGCUACAGCUGUUGUCGAUCUCAGCGAGAGCUACUGUUCAGCCUCGGUUUCAACUGUAGAAUCAGAUACACACAAUAAACCUGGACUUCAUCGCGGUCUGAAAGCCAGACAUAUUCAGAUGAUUGCUCUGGGUGGUACCAUUGGUACGGGUCUAUUCAUGGCUUCUGGUAAAGCCAUUUCAAAUGGCGGACCAGGUGGUGCGUUGGUUGCUUAUGCAAUUAUAGGCAUUCUUAUCUUCUGUGUCAUGAUGAGCUUGGGUGAAAUGGCCGCCUAUAUUCCCGUUUCGGGUAGUUUUGCUCAUUAUGCCAAACGUUUCGUCGAUCCUUCCCUUGGGUUUAUGCUGGGAUGGAUCUAUUGGGUCAAUUGGUCGGUAGGUGUUGCUGUCGAAUUGACCGGUGUAGCCAUGAUGAUGGAAUUCUGGGUCAAAAGUGUCAACAGUGUCGUUUGGAGUAUUAUCUGCCUUGCUUUACUUGUUGCUAUCAACGUAUUCUCCGUCAAAGGCUAUGGUGAAAUCGAAUACUGGAUCUCCUUUGUCAAGGUUAUUACAGUUAUUGUGUUCAUCAUCGUUGGUCUUUGCGUUGAUACAGGUGCUGCAGGUGGGGAUCAUAUUGGCAGUAGAAACUUUCAUCUCGACGGUGGUGCUUUCCCUUAUGGCUUUUUAGGCGUGUUUAAUGUUCUUCUUACCGCUGCCUUUUCUUUCAAUGGUGUUGAAAUUGUUGGCAUCACUGCUGGUGAGUCUCAGAAUCCUCAUAAGACGGUUCCCGCCGCUGUCAAGCAAGUCUUCUUCCGAAUCGUCCUCUUUUAUUUUCUAUCUAUUUUGAUUAUCGGCCUCGUCAUUCCUUACACAGACCCUGAUCUUCUAAGAGGCUCCAGUGACGUUGCAGUUUCUCCGUUCACACUUGUUUUUAGAAAAGCAGGUGCUGCGUGGGCUGCCGAUUUGAUGAACGCUAUUAUUUUAAUUACCAUGAUCUCCGCUGGUAAUUCUGGUGUCUAUUCAUCUAGUAGAACUCUUUUAGCCCUUGCAGAAAGUGGUUCAGCUCCAAAAUUUUUUAAGCGUAUCAAUCGUUGGGGUAUUCCAGUGUAUGCUGUAUUGGCGACUUGUGCUAUUGGUUGCUUAGCUUUCUUGACUAGUUUAUGGGGUUCUGGAGAAGUCUUUAACUGGCUAACUGCUUUGCCCUCCGUUGCUGGUUUGAUUGUUUGGGUAACCAUAGCAAUCACCCACCUUCGGUUCAGAAAGGGUCUAAAAGCCCAAGGUAAAUCGCUCACCUCUCUACCUUAUGUUGCUCCCUUCUUCCCUUUCGGUGACAUCUUUGUCAUCGUGCUUGGUACUAUCGUCAUCUUUGGUCAAGGCUAUCAAACUUUUAUCCCGCCUAUUCAAGCUAAGAACUGCGUCUCAUCUUAUCUCUCUGUCAUGUUCUGUGUUGUCUUGUAUUGUGGUCACAAGUUGAUCAAGAGACCCAAGUUUGUCAAGCCUUCAGAAAUGGACUUUGAGACGGGUACCCUUAGUGUUGAUGUUUUGAAAGUAAAAGAAGGCGACAGUCUUUACGAAGAAGAUUACGCAGCAAUGCCAUCAUGGAAACGUUACUAUAAGAAGAUUGCCUCGCUUCUUGCUUAACUUAGUUUUGUAGUUUUUUUUUUGUUUUGGGAUCCUAAAAGGAACUUUCGUCUGCGAAGACAUAUGGUAUAUAGCAUAUACCGCUGGUUCAAUUCCCUCAAUUUUUUUUUACUUAGAAAACGCUUAUUCCCCCUCACCUUCCAUUCACAAAUGCAUCGAUUCUGUCAUGUCAUUUGUAAAUAAUGUUUUCAACAACUGUACAUAUUACUCUAUUUUGAUAAGCUAUACUUCCUCAAGAUGCAUUAGCUUAUGUAGUAUAUAGUUUCAAUUUGAUUGAAUUUCUAUUUAUUCAUGAAUAAAGGCUUUCAA